GCCAACCAUGUGACAAGCAAUUGUCGUGUUUCGAGAACAGGUUAGAGAAAGCAUAACUUCUUACGUUAUUUGUGGUUGAUAUAGUUUUAGGUUUAACUUAGAUUAUUUAGAAUAAAGAAAACUUUAGUUAUACUGCUUUUUGGCCUUUAAGAGGUAAGUAACUGAAGUAAAUAAAAUGUCGUACAAAGGAGGAGUACAGAAAAUACAGAAAGUCAUGGUGCAACCCAUUAACUUGAUUUUCAGGUACCUUCAAAAUAGAGCAAGAAUUCAAAUAUGGCUCUAUGAAAAUGUAAACCUCAGAAUAGAAGGACAUAUUAUUGGGUUUGAUGAGUAUAUGAAUCUUGUAUUGGAUGAAGCAGAAGAAAUCCACAUUAAAACAAAGCAAAGGAAACAAGUUGGUAAGAAAAGUGGCCUAGUCUCUUUCACUAGAAUGGAGAGAUGUAUUUUGCCACAAUUUUUCUUAUGCAUCUUCUUAUAUGUAGAAUAUCUUUGUUAGUUUUGCUUUGAUUUG